CCGAGGACUCUGGCCCAGAGUAACCCUGCUGGCGUGACCUUUCCCCUCUAUUCCGCACCUCCCGGCGGCCCGCCCGGCGAGCCCGCGGCUCUGGGCGCUCGCUGCCCUCCCCCCUCCCUCCCUCCGGAGCUUCAGAAGCUCACCCCUCCCAGCCCCAGCGCGCGGCUUCUCGUCAUGGCGGCUCUCAGCAAGUCCAUCCCUCAUAACUGCUACGAGAUCGGCCACACUUGGCACCCUUCCUGCCGGGUCGCCUUCGUACACAUCACCAGGGGCGCCCUGGAGGAGUCCCUGAAGAUCUAUGCCCCCCUGUACCUGAUUGCAGCAAUUCUCCGGAAACGAAAAUUAGACUAUUAUUUACACAAACUGCUCCCUGAGAUCCUGCAAUCUGCUUCAUUUCUGACUGCUAAUGGGGCCUUGUAUAUGGCUUUCUUUUGCAUUUUAAGGAAGAUACUGGGAAAAUUCUACUCGUGGAGUCCUGGCUUUGGUGCCGCUUUGCCAGCAUCUUAUGUGGCCAUUCUAAUUGAGAGAAAAAGCAGGAGAGGGCUGCUCACAAUUUAUAUGGCCAACUUGGCCACAGAAACACUAUUUAGAAUGGGUGUAGCAAGAGGAACCAUCACAACGUUAAGAAAUGGAGAAGUCCUUUUAUUCUGCAUCACAGCUGCCAUGUACAUGUUCUUUUUCAGGUGCAAAGAUGGUUUGAAGGGAUUUACAUUCUCUGCGCUAAGGUUCAUUGUUGGGAAGGAAGAAAUUCCCACACAUUCUUAUUCACCAGAGGCAGCAUAUGCAAAAGUGGAACAAAAGACUGAGAAACAGGAGGAAAAACCAAGAGGAACGAAUAUAAUUGCUCUAGUCAGGAAGCUUGUGGAUUCAAUAUGUAAGCAUGGACCAAGGCAUAGAUGCUGCAAACACUAUGAGGAUAAUUGCAUCUCUUAUUGCAUUAAAGGUUUCAUCAGAAUGUUUAGUGUGGGAUACUUGAUCCAGUGCUGCCUCCGGAUUCCCUCUGCGUUCAGGCAUCUGUUUACACAGCCAUCCCGGCUACUUUCUCUCUUCUACAAUAAAGAAAACUUCCAGCUCGGAGCUUUUCUGGGCUCUUUUGUUAGUAUAUACAAGGGUGCUAGUUGCUUCCUGCGCUGGGUCAGAAAUCUGGAUGAUGAACUGCAUGCCAUUAUAGCUGGAUUUUUGGCGGGAAUAUCAAUGAUGUUUUAUAAAAGCACAACAAUUUCCAUGUAUUUAGCAUCUAAAUUGGUAGAGACAAUGUAUUUCAAAGGCAUUGAAGCAGGAAAGGUUCCCUAUUUUCCCCAUGCAGACACUAUCAUCUAUUCCAUCUCUACAGCAAUUUGCUUCCAGGCAGCUGUCAUGGAAGUGCAGACCUUGCGACCAUCUUACUGGAAGUUCCUUUUAAGGCUCACCAAGGGCAGAUUUGCUGUCAUGAACCGAAAAGUCCUUGAUGUUUUUGGUACUGGUGCAUCUAAACACUUUCAGGACUUCAUCCCUAGGUUGGAUCCAAGAUAUACAACUGUAACGCCAGAGAUGCCCAUCGAGUUUUCUUGAAGAUGACUGUAACUUAUUAAUGUGACUUAAUGUUUCAUUAUUUUGUCCUGGAGAGUUAAUUAUGUUGAACACGAAGAAGGGGGCCUGAGCUUGAAUGUCAGUGUUAUUUCAGUGAGAGAUGCUCUUUUUUUUGUUUGUUUUUCUUACCAAUCAGAAAUACAGAAGCUUUUUAGG